AUGAGGCCGCGCCAGAUCAUACUCACCGGCGGCGUCGUCUUCAUCCUCAUCUGCCUCAUUAGUAUCCUGCGUCUAGGCCCGUCCGGCACCAACGUCUCGAGCCUCAAAACAGACCGCAAGGCGCACUGGGGCUACCACGAUGGAGCUGGCAGGGGAGACGUACUCAAGGCGCCGCCGCUCCCUCCUCCCGAGCCGUUCGACCCCCAGCCGAAGCCAGCGCCCGCGGGCUCCCACCCGAUAUGGCAUCUCAUAACAGACGCUGAGACCCAACUCGAGGCCACGAAGGCUGCACAGUCGAGGAACCUCGACGAGGCUGUCGCCGAGUACCGUCGACGCUAUGGCAUACCGCCCCCACCCAACUUCAAUAAGUGGUUCGAGUUUGCACAGGCCAAGGGGGUGCAGUUAGUCGACGAAUUCGACAUGAUAUACGAGUCGAUGACGCCCUUCUGGGGGCUGAAGCCCGCGACGAUACGGGAGCGGGCCAAGGAGGCGUUGGGAUUUGACAAUGCGCUUCUGGGGAUCCAGAUCCGCGGUGGCAAGAUCACACACAUUCAGGGAGGAGGAGAGUGGCAGCGAGAGGCUACGGCGGGCAUGAUGGGCAAGUUCCUCAAGUGGCUCCCUGAUAUGGAUCUGUGCUUCAACUUGCACGACGAGUCUAGAGUCGUGGUGUCAUAUGACGAUUUAACGAGACUGGUCAAGAGGGCCAAGGAGAUCAACAUGCCCGCCGCGAACUCAUACCUGAAACCGAGGAACGAGUUCACAGCGAAGCCCAAAGGCCUGAAUGACGGGACAAGGUUCGAGGAAAGCAAACUAACACGGUUCAACGUGUUUGCUCACCAGCCGACAUGGACGCAUUCGAGGUUAUCGUGCCCGCCAGAGAGCCCCGCGCGAGGACUGGAGGAAGACGAGAGGAAGGACGACCUAUCGAAAUACGGCCUCGGAGACCUGGGUUUCAUCUACAACGUCACGGCCAUGUCCGACAUCUGCUACUCUCCAACCCUGAGCUCGACGUUUGGGUUCUUCGACCGACCAAACGCCUUCAACAUAGUGCAUGAUCUCUUUCCCAUCUUCUCGCAAUCGAAGAUAUCCUCCUUCUCGGACAUACUCUACCCGUCACCCUGGUACUGGUAUGAGAAGGUCAGCUAUGACAAGGAGAAGGACACUGAAUGGGGCGCAAAGGAGGACAGGUUUUACUGGCGGGGCUCCACAACGGGCGGCUUCAGCAGGAAUGGCGGGUGGCGGCGACAACACCGACAGCGGUUCGUGCAGAAGAUCAAUGCAGCAGACAACGCCAAGAUCCUCGUCAAUGCUGGGACCGACAGCGACCAGAAGUGGGAGACGAAGAUGGUCCCGCGAGGCGACUUUAAGGAGUUGAUGGACGUGUAUUUCUCGGGCGUAGGACAGUGCGAUCCCGGCGAUUGUGCGGCACAAAAAGAGUUCUUCACACUCAAAGGGCACGUCGAGCAGCAGGACGCAUGGAAGUACAAGUACCUGCUCGAUAUCGACGGAAACGCCUUCAGUGGCCGGUUCUAUGCCUUCCUCAAGAGCAAGAGUCUGGUGUAUAAGUGGGCCAUCUUCCGGGAGUGGCAUCUCGAAUGGCUGAAACCAUGGGCGCAUUACAUCCCUCUCAGUCUCCAGGGCGAUGAUUGGCUCGAGGCGGUGAGAUUCUUCGGCGAUAGCGACCUUGGAAGGAAGGAGGCUGAGCGGCUGGCCAAUCAGCAGAGUGACUGGGCCAACAAGGUGCUAAGACAUGAGGAUAUGGAGGUCUGGUUCUUCAGGCUGCUUUUAGAAUACGGUCGAGUCGUAGAUGACGACCGGAACAACAUUGGCUUCUCCUUCGGCACGAAGGCGACAGAGCCGGAGAAGGAAAAGGUCAUAGCCGACCGCCAACCACCGCCAGUAUAA